CCGCCCUCCGGAAUCACUUCCGGCGGGUCUAGUGCCUGUACUUCUCGCGAGACCUGAGAGCGCUAUGUGACCUGGGUUAAGCGGAAGUCGGGCCUCUUUUCCGUGGUGCCUACUGGGUGGUAGGCUGCGCCAAGAUGAAGCUCAAUAUCUCCUUCCCGGCCACCGGCUGUCAGAAACUCAUCGAAGUGGACGAUGAACGCAAGCUCCGUACUUUCUACGAGAAGCGCAUGGCCACAGAAGUGGCUGCUGAUGCCCUGGGUGAGGAGUGGAAGGGUUACGUGGUCCGAAUCAGUGGUGGAAACGACAAGCAAGGCUUUCCCAUGAAGCAGGGUGUCUUGACCCAUGGCAGGGUGCGCCUGCUGCUGAGUAAGGGGCAUUCUUGUUAUAGACCGAGGCGGACCGGAGAGAGAAAGCGCAAGUCUGUUCGGGGAUGCAUUGUGGAUGCCAAUCUGAGUGUUCUCAACUUGGUCAUUGUAAAAAAAGGAGAGAAGGAUAUUCCUGGACUAACUGAUACCACUGUACCACGGCGGUUGGGGCCCAAAAGAGCUAGCAGAAUUCGCAAACUUUUCAAUCUCUCUAAAGAAGAUGAUGUCCGCCAAUAUGUUGUUAGAAAGCCCUUGAACAAAGAAGGUAAGAAGCCUAGGACUAAAGCACCGAAGAUUCAGCGUCUGGUUACGCCGCGGGUCCUGCAGCACAAACGCCGACGCAUUGCGCUGAAGAAACAGCGCACCAAGAAGAACAAGGAGGAGGCUGCGGAAUAUGCUAAACUGCUGGCCAAGAGAAUGAAGGAAGCCAAAGAGAAACGCCAGGAACAGAUUGCCAAGAGACGCAGGCUGUCAUCACUGAGAGCUUCUACUUCCAAGUCUGAGUCUAGUCAAAAAUAAUCUUUAAAAGUAACGAAUAAAUAUGAUCAAACCUUGAA